ACUCAAUGAGACCACACCCUUGGCUCACAUUCUAUAUAUAGCACAUACAUUACAUAGUACCUUAACCAACAAUGGCAAACUCAUUAAGCCAAAGCUCAACUGAAGAUAUAUGCAAGCAAGUUCAUGGUUCAUUGGGAAAUUUAAGCAUUUUGGUUCGGGUUCUGGCCGGUCAACUAUCGCAACAUGAAUGCCAAAAGACCCGAGAAAAGUACAAGGAGAUGUAUGGAGAGGACUUAUAUGAAAUCUUCCGACACAAGAUUCAUGGCACGACAUCAAAAACGUGCAUGAUCUUGUCAUCGUUGAUGCUUAAUCCGCAUGAACGUGACGCCAUUGUUGCUAAAAAUGCCAUUUUUAAGGAAAGGGAUCGUGUCGACUACAAGGCUCUCAUAGAGAUUUAUGUUGGUAGGAAAUCAAGCCAUUUUUUCCUCAUCCAACAAGCUUAUCAAAGUAAAUUUAGAAGGCAUUUGGACCAAGACAUAAUGAACAUCGAACCCCCACACUCUUACCAAAAGAUAUUAAUGGCAUUGGCUGCAUCACAUAAAGCUCAUAGUGCACAAGUUAGUGUACACAUUGGCAAGUGUGAUGCACAAAGGCUAUUCCAAACAGGAGAAGGAAGAUGCGGGGAAUUCAAGAUUGAUGAGGGAGUUGUGCUUGAAAUUCUAAGUAAAAGAAGCAUCCCACAACUCAACCUCACUCUCUCAAUCUUUAAGCAUAUUUAUGGGCAUACUUAUACAAAGCACUUCAAAAACAAAUAUGGUGGGGAGUUUGAAGAGGCACUUAAACUUGUGGUGAAAUUCCUAAACAAUCCUCCAAAAUAUUAUGCAAAGGCACUAGAAGCAAGCAUCAAAGGUGGAACAACCGACGAAGGAGACCUGGAACGUAUAAUCGUGAGUCAAAGUGAGACCGAUAUGAAUAAAAUAAGAAAAAUCUACAAGAACGUAUAUGGGAUGGAUAUGAGAGAUGCCAUAAUCGAGAGCUUUCCGAUAGGUGAUUAUAGAGACUUGCUCCUUGCAUUAACCAUGAAAACUAGUAUUGAUAAUGACUAACUCUCUCUCAUGGUGUAAUUUUAUUUGAAUGGAAGUAUUGUUAAUUAUAUUUGUGUUUGAAGUCAGAUGAAACCAUAACUUUUUAACAAGACUUGUUUUAUGAGAAA